CAGCAAACCCCCAACCCCUCCCUCUCUCUCUAUCUCUAUCCAUCGCCGCUCCCCCAAAACCCUCGCCACCGCCUCCGCCAGGUGGCCAACCAAGCUCCGAUUCACCACCGAACACUAAUCCAACCGUAGAAACAACCAAAAAGAACUCCAAUGGCAACCACGGCGAGUUCCGAAGUCUCCGACGGCCCGGUCCUCAGCCUCAUCAACAAGCGCAUCCGCGGCCUCCGCAAGAAGCAGAACCGCAUCAGCCAGAUGGAGGAGUCUCUCGCCCAAGGCAAAACCCUCAACAACGAGCAACUCGAGGUCCUCCGCACCAAGUCCGCCAUCGUUGCCUCCAUCGACGAGCUCGAGAAGCUUCGCCAGCCUCUCUCCGUCGCCGUCGCCGAGGAAAUCAGCCUCGCCGUCCAGGUCACCGCCCCUCCCGCCGCCGCCGCUACUGAGCCCGAAGAACACCACGAAACUCCCCCCAAUGCUGUGCAGCAGAGCGGCGAAUCCGCCGCCGACGUCGAUGAGCAGAACCACCACCAGGCGGCGGUGGAGGAGCUUCUGAACCUGCUCUACUUUGGCUCGUUGUUCGAUGUCAAGACGCAGAGUGACUUCACCUCGAUUAUGUUCACCAGGAGCCACGAGAGAGGGUGCUGCUUGACCUAUGACACCGUCACUGAUGACGACACUGAUAUGCUCGCCGAGAAGGACUUGGAUUUGCUCUCCUCACUCAGUGGCUUGUUGAUCUCCAGGCCGGUGGCUUCGGGCUUAUCUCACAAGAAUGCUCUGCAGCGCUGCAUUGAGCACGCCAAGCUAUGGCUCGCUAACUCAGACCAGCCAAUUGAGCCUAAUUCUAGUGUCACAUAUGUGAGUUUGAGAGAGAGGCUUAGUAAGAUUAUGGCUUCGGACUACUUUACCAUCACUCCAGAAAUGAAAGCUCCGGAGGCAAUGGCAGCUGCUGCUGGUGGAAACUUUGCUCCGUUUCAGGUGAGGGGUGUGGAUGUGGACAGUUCAUUUGUACAGUUUCAGCAGCAGAAGGGUGAGGAGAUGCCAAAUCUAGAAGGACAUGACAGUGGUGAUAAUCAAUCGGGUCCUGUUGAGGAGGUUCAGAAGGAUGAAUUUGAAACCGAAAAUUUUGCAGAGGUUGUCUUGGUUCAACAUGAACAAAUCAAGCCAGAAACAGAAGUAGAGCAUAAUGAGAGAGAUGUAGAAUUCGAGCAACAUAAUGGUCCACGUAGGCAGUAUCAAAACCAAAGAGGUGGCCGUGGAGGAGGCCGUAGAGGUUACUCUAAUGGCCGUGGUGGCCGAGGCAGAGGAGGUGGUUCUUACCAGAAUGGUCAGAACCAGUUUUAUGACCAGCCUGGAAACUAUUAUUCAAGGAAUUACAAUAGGGCAAGGGGCGGUAGAGGUGGUGGUCCGUCUUACAACAACCAUGGUUCAGCUCAAGAUGGCCAUGCCUCAGCUAACAUUGGAGUUGCUUCUUAACGGUACUCAUACUCUUGGUAGGAUGCUCCUUACUAGUUUUACAUGUGGGUGGUGAAAACGUUUUCUGCUUUUGUUGGAAAGUGUAUUGGAUAUGGGUUUGCUGCUGUUGACGGAUUUAUCAUCCAUGAACUUUCUCGUUUCUCUGUAGUUCAGCCAAUGGGUUUUGGUCGAAACCAUCCAGGGAUAGAUUUUGCAUUAGUUUUCUUGGACAAUGUUUCAGGAUGGUGGCAGGCAACUUAACUUCUCAGUAUGAUUCUAUUUUAUGGUCGUUUCUCUAGUACUAGAUCUUUUAGUCUUUGUUGAUGGAAUCAUCUUGAGAUGAAAUGGGUCAUUGAAUACUGUCUCCGUUCUAUUACAAGGCCCAUUUAUAUUGAUAAGUUUCGGCACUUCGUUAUCUUUUUUGUUUUUGUUUUUUCGUGUCUCGUUUAUUUUUUGCUUCAGCAAAGAAAAGGAGGGAAAUGGAAUAGACUGGUGAGCGAGAAGCAUAUAUAGAUGAAGUGAACCAUAACAUACUUGGUCCAGGAAUAUAAACCUUUUAGUGUUAGUGGUCUUCACGUUUUGCUUUCCCCAAGGG